AAUCACACGAGGCUUAGCUUCUCAGGAGACGCCCAUUCUGACGUCAUCGCCACGCGACGCACAGCCGAGUCGGACUGUAUCUCACAUGUAAACUGUAAUCUUUGUGAUGCUCGCCAAAACGGAGGAGAGGAGACCGAAGAAAGUGGGAGGAAAGAAGAGGAGGCACCCUGAUGAAGAUGGAGAAGGAGAGAAGAAAAGGAAGGGAGGUGAAGAAGGACAAAACAGUCAGGGAGACGGUGGAAGGAAGCGGCUGGACGCCCUCAGUGUGGGAUAUUUCCGCCGAGUUGGAGAGCGCCUCAGCGAGGGCUUUGAAGACGACGAGGAGAGAGGAAUGUUCGUGGAGAACGUCCUCUCUGAGGUGAAAGGCCAAGCCACCCUGGUGGCGAUGGACCGGACGGGAAGCAUCACCCUGCAGCGGCUGCUCCCUCUGUCCAGCCUCCAGCAGGUGGGCGAGGUGCUGGCCGAGCUCGGGGGGGAAUCGGGCUCGGAGUUCAAAGCGGUGUCCUGCGACCGGUGCGGGGGUCACGUGGUGGAGAGCGCCGUCAGACAGAUGUCCAGGUGGACAGAUUCAUCACAGGAAGAUUCAUCUGCCGCUGCAGAAGAAGAAGACGAGGAGAGCUGCAGCGUGUUGGAAGCCCAGGUGUUGUCUUUAGGGCAGGUGGUGAGGGACAACAGCGCCGAGUUCAUCAGGCACGUUCACGGCUCACACGUGGUUCGCACGCUCCUGCAUGUCCUGGCAGGCUGCAUCGGACCGCCUCGCUCCGAAGCUCGUCCAGGAGUGAAAGAUCGGCGCGUCGCUCCUCAGCUCACAGACUUUGAGAUUCCCACCUCGUUCUGGUACGAGAUGAAGAACCUCACCGAGACCUUGAUGGAAAACGUAAACCUAAGUGUGACGGACGCCGUUUCCAGCGCGGUGUUUCAGACCAUGCUGACUGUGUGUCACAGGAAACGACCCAAACUCUGCAAACAGCUCCUCAAACGCAUCGUGGAGUACCUGACGGGCCGCGGCUCGGCUUCUGGAGUCAGUCCACUUCUGGUCUUUCUGAAGGACCAAGCCUCCAGCCACCUCAUAGAGACCAUAGUACAGCUUUCCCACAAGUCACUUCUCUGCAACAUCUACAAGAAACACCUCAAGGGUCAGCUGGUCGACCUUGCUCUCCAUCCCAUCGCCAACUUUCCCGUACAGAGACUCACGGCGGCCGCGGCCAAACACAAGCUGUUCCUCAAGCUGUUCGACGAGCUGGUCCAGGGCUUGGAGGCCAUCCUGGCCGCGGGUCACAUGGGCGUGAUCAUUCAGCUGGCCGAGAGCUGCGCGGAAAGCGGGGAGAAGCAGAGCGAGAUGGUGCAGUGCCUCCUUCAUGCUUUCCACUGCGCUGAGCCAGGCUCUCGACAUGUCAACUGCCUCCCCCUCUUCAUGUCCCUGCUCACCUAUGAAGUGUAUUUCCACUCUGAGACAGCAGAGGGCAACAUCGACACGGAGGUCCCACUGACCUCCAUCUGUUACCACGGCUCCCGCCUGGUCCAGGCCUUGGCGAGGUUCAAGGAGCGCUCGCUGCUCCUCAGCAGCCUCCGCACUCUGAGCCCCGCCGACCUGCUCACGCUGGCCUCCGACCCCGCAGGCAGCCACGUCCUUCAGGCCCUCAUCACCAUGUCCAGUGACAAAGGCAGGGGCAAAAUCCUGAAGAGGCUGGAGGGUCAGUACGUCCAGAUGGCGUGCUCCCGGUUGGGCAGCCGAGUACUCGAAGCUGUAUGGAGCAACGCAUCGGUCAGUCAGAAGCAAAACAUCGCCCAGGAACUCGUUCCCAGUGAAAGCCAGCUGAGGUCCGAUCAGUUCGCCCGCCACGUGUGGGCCAAAUUCGCGCUCUCCCACUUCGUCCAGAGAAGAGCUCACUGGCAGGAAAUCCAGACCGGCGAGUCCAAGAAGAGGAAGCUUUUCAGUGACAUUCUUGAAUGAGAUCUGCGUUUUUCUAUCAGUAUUUUUUUUUUUCUGUAAUAAAA